AGGAUUUACCACUUCCCCCAUCGCCAUACACGAGGGUACCGACGUUAAAAGGGAAGCGUUAACGAAAGAAGAUCUUUUUACAUAAUCGAAAUUAUUAGGUAAAAGAAUUUGCCAUGGCACAGAGUAAGCUGAACGAUUUGGCAGGCAAGUUCUCCAAUGGACCAAAGGGACUCGGAACAGGACUGAAAUUGCUUGCUUUGGCCGGAGCAGCAGCCUAUGGAGUCAGUCAGUCCAUGUACACCGUGGAAGGUGGUCACCGCGCCAUCAUCUUCAGCAGACUUGGGGGAGUGAAAAACGAUACAUAUCCAGAAGGUCUUCAUCUCAGACUACCCUGGUUCCAAUAUCCCAUCAUCUAUGACAUCAGGUCACGACCAAGGAAAAUUUCCUCACCAACUGGCUCAAAAGAUUUGCAGAUGGUUAACAUCACCUUGCGAGUCCUUUCCAGACCAGAUGCUGCCUUACUCCCUGAUGUCUACAGAAACUUAGGGUUAGAUUAUGAUGAAAAAGUCCUUCCUUCCAUCUGCAAUGAAGUCCUUAAAAGUGUUGUUGCCAAGUUUAAUGCCUCUCAGCUCAUCACACAGCGUCAGCAAGUUUCCCUACUUGUUCGUCGUGAAUUGACAGAGCGAGCCAGGGACUUCAACAUCAUCCUCGACGACGUUUCCAUCACAGAACUCAGCUUUAGCAAAGAAUACGCCGCUGCCGUCGAAUCCAAGCAGAUCGCCCAACAAGAUGCCCAGCGAGCUGCCUUCUUCGUCGAAAAGGCUUACCAAGAACGCCAACAGAAAAUCGUUCAAGCUGAGGGUGAAGCCGAGGCCGGCAAAAUGAUGGGAGUUGCCAUAGGUAUUAACCCUGGUUACCUGAAGCUGAGGAAAAUCCGUGCUGCACAAAAUAUUGCCCGAACGAUUGCCGCAUCUCAAAAUCGUGUCUACCUUAAUGCUGACUCGCUUAUGAUCAACGUGAGUGACGUUUCCUUCGAUGAACGCAUUGCCACUGUUGGAAACCUUAAGAAACCCGAAGUGAAAAAAUGAAAUAGUCAAGCUAUGGGAAGUUUGUUAACGCUUAUUCGUCGCUAUUUCUGAUUCAUGCAAAUGUGGUCGAAUUAGUUCCAAAUAGACUGUUGGAUGUAGUUAAUGAGAAUUCGUCGACGGUUUUGCUUUUUAAAGUGAUUUGUUUGUAUCUUUUCCGUGAAAGCGGCGAUGAAGUAACAUUAACUUUAAUGUACAUCCAAUAAAAAAAACUGUACUGUAUUUCGAAUAAAAUUAGAUUUUUUUCA